AUGGGCACUUAUAUUUCUAAAUGUGUAGACAUGUUUCCGAUGCUUAAAUUGGAAGCACAAGUGCACCGAUUGCACGUAAUAUUAUACGAGUAUUACUCUGAUUUCAUUUGGAAUGAUCGUAUUCGCAGUAUUGUAGAACCAUGGUGGAUAUUCGUCGAGGAUUCUGAAAAUGUUGAAUUACAUCAUUCAGAAUAUUUUAUAUUAAACAGGAAACAACUUGAUGACAAUCAAUAUAUUAGGAGCUGA